AUGUGGGUAAUGCCAGUGAGACGCAUGGUCUUACAAAACAUAGAAACAUUGGAAGACCUCUCCAAUAGGCUCCUACAGCCUCUGUUUACCAUUGACCCCAAUGGGUUUAAAAACUUUCUCGACACUCUCCCAGUCAAGAGCCUUCUUAAAGGUGACAUGACCGAUGCGCCUGAGGAAGAGCACAUGGUUCUUUUCGCUGCUCUGCAGAUCGGCAAGAAAGUCAACUUGGUUCAUGAAGAUUAUAUUUUCAAUGUUGGCAAAAUGAAACUCGACGAAAAUGAGGCUCUGGUCAUUAAGAGCGACGUGAUCGGCAAAUUCCUCCUGCACCGUGAGGCCAAUAUCCGCAUAGCAGCUCUCUCGCUGUUGAUCACGGCCUUUUCUACAGUAAAGCCAUUUACGGUCCAGGCAACGAAAGCUAUCCUUCGAGGACUACCCUCGAUGCAUGCCGAAUCCGACGCACACACUCGAGGAGAAAUUCUGAGUCUGACUCGAAAACUCUUUGUUCGUCUAAAGGGUGGUAUUGUCAAAGAUGGAGAUAUUGCCUUGAAGACAGAGAAAGCAGCCACCAAGCUAGCUCAAAGCCAGGUCAGAAAUGAAGCUGAAACUAGAGAGUUCCUAAAGGCAUACCUCAAGUUGUUGGGUAAUGAUCUACGUCUGGCGGCCUCAUAUCCGCGCCAUAUUACGGCUCUCAAAGCUCUGAAGCUCCUGCUAGAUUCCGGCCUUGAUCCACGGAUAGAGGUCAAGCCUCAUAAAGCAGAUAUGGAAAAUCUUUGGAAAGUCAACGUCAAAGUCUUUGAUGCCCAUCUACUCCGGUUGUUGACUGAUCUCCUGCUUGAUCCAUUCGAGGAGGUUCGACAAACAUCGCUUUCGAUCUUGAGUCUGUGCCCUCGAGAAAUCCUGCUCAACGGCUUGCACAACAAGACAGACCAACAGUUGGCUGCAGGCAUGCGGUUGACAGAUGCAAUUACCCGAGCGGAAAGCCUGGCAAGUAAUACUAGCAGAGCUGAUCACGCUGAUACUGUUGCACGUCUAUACCACAUCAUCUUCUGUGCAGCUCUACCAGCCAACUCCGGUCAGCCGGCUUCUGACUGGUGGACAACUAAAGCAUCUGUUGUCGACACAAUUUUGAAAAAGCUAGAGGAACGUCUCCUAGAUUCAAAAAGUCUUUUCAACUCCACUAUGCGCGAGGCGCCACUUCAUGGAUAUACCUCCGGUCUCAGAUAUAUUGUCCUAAUGCCGAGCUUCCACUCCUUGGUAUCUGACGGGCCAGGAUCUGCUGCUUGGCGGUCUGUCCACGACCGCAUCGUUGCAAUUUGCAACAAGAUCUGGAUUGAGGCGAAGCCUUUGCUGUGUAUCGAUUCACCUGAAGGUCACUCGGAUGAGCCCACCGAGGAUCUGAACGUGGGACCCAAGGACGCCCUUUCUUACUCCUGGAGAUCUCUUCGCGAAGCAAGGCAUGUUCAAUUUCUUCUGUUAAUGAUUCAUUUUUUUGCUAACUGGAAUAGCCUUUUGCUCCAUGCCACUCUGGUGAACACUAGUUACGGGCCAAGCGGUAGCGACGGACUCAAUCUGACUGAUUUUGCAAACAUCGGAGGCGUAAGCUUCACACAGCUAGCUGAGCUGCGCCAUAGAGGUGCAUUCUCCAACGUCUCACAGACAUUCGCGACAUGCUGUCAACGAUGCAGCUCUUCGAAGGAUCCGUCAAUCCGAGAACUUCCUAGAAGCUGGUACCAGGAAGCUAAAUCGACUAUCUUUGGAUCGGCAUCUCAACUCACCCGUCGUUCUGCUGGCUUGCCUGCGUUGGUGACAGGAAUUGUUGGUUCUGAUCCCGGAACUCCAUUCUUCAAUGAGGCCAUUAAUGAGCUUCACGAGAUCUCAUCUCUUUCCGUGGAGUACGACAAAGAGAGACAGUACUUGGAGCUGCCUCAGGUUCAUGCAAUGAAUUGCCUGAAAGACAUCUUCACCAACGCAAAGCUUGGUUCAUACACCGAACCAUUCAUCAUGAAGGCACUGACUUUGUCUGCCGAACGCCUAGGGUCACCAAUCUGGGCCCUUCGCAAUUCAGGACUGAUGCUGUUCCGUGCUCUACUCACAAAAAUGUGCCGCGUCAUUCCCGGUGCUGGACCCGGCUUUGGGGGAAAUUCGGGCUCAGAGCCAGGAUCUAGGAUAACAUUCCCUAAGUAUCCUGGUCUGCUUGAACUGCUCUCUGGCCUUCUCACAACUGCUCAAAGUGAAGCUGCGGAGGGCACCGAAAUUGUUACCGAGCGGGUGUUCCCCGCGCUGGAGCUUGUUGGUGACAAAGUCCCCAGCUUGGAUGAUCCUACUGAUGAGAUGCUACGCGGAUUGGUUCUUGAGCACCUGAGCAGCCCGGUUUGGGGCGUUAGAGAGCAUGCAGCCCGUGUAUAUGCUUCGUUGCUCACUCGACAACGUAUCCCGGAAGACUUGCGCACCCUUGUUAGGCUUCCCUCAAAAAUCACCGAGAAUUAUGUUCAUGGUGUUGCUUUGUGUGUGCGAUAUGCCCUUCGUCGAUAUGCCUUCACCACUGAUGAUUUCUGGACAUCGAACCUUGAUGCAUUUUUCACGACAUUGCGCGCUGUAUCAGAAUUCUUGUUCCGUGUUGGAAAAUCGCCGACUGUGGCAAGCGAACUUGUUGAAAUUCUCAAUGGCACGAUGGAGCGGGCGAUCCAAGCACAGAGCGAAAACCAAGUUAUUUCUUUCAUCAAUGAGAUGUUCGAGGUUUACGACCUUGAUAGGAUCUUGAGAUAUGUCUUUGACGCUUCUCAGGCGGGAUGGAAUCUCUCAAGCACUUGCCGAGCAUCUGCCCUCCUUAGAAGAGCGCUUGCCUGGUGCACAAUAUUGAAAAUGCUUACUUCCCAGCAGUGGGAACAGCUCCCAUCAUUCUUCAACGGAGUAUCACAAUUCGAUGCAGACGUCGCUCGUUGGAUUUUGGAGCAGCUCCACGAUUCAUUUGGCGAAGACGAGAGGUAUAGACAGACACUAGCCAACUUGUAUUCAUCUGCGAUCUUGGGUGACAGUCGACCGGAUGUGAAAACCAUGGCCGCGUCCAACUUGGCGUCUAUUCUGGAGAACUUAAUACUAUCAAAGUUCGAUUCUGUGUCUAGUGUCGGUCUUCCAUGGGAUGCCAUCGCAAAUAGCUUCCGCCCCGAAACAGAUAUCACAACCUGGAAUCGAGAGGCAACAGACGCUGAGCUCCGACUUCGGGGCUGUCUACUGGCCAUCCGACGAUCUGAUGGCCAGUCAGCUUUGUCCUCAUUAGAAGGCGAUAUCAACGGCUGGACUAUUAAGCUUCGAUCUGCCUUGAGCGAAGAGACUGAAUUCACUACCCGUUUUGCUGCAGCCGUAUCUGUUGGCAGCUUUUCGCGGGCUCUUAGAUCCCCUGGCUCCCAGCCACGCGUGGAUGCGGUGUUGCUAGAUGUUUAUUUAGUCUUGUAUGACAUGCUCAAUGACGACGAUGACGAAAUUCGUGAUGUGGCUGCAUCAGCUGCCUCUUGGGUCUUGUCACACUCGUCCGUUUCACCUGACGCCGACGUGACCCUGGCACCUCUCAACGCAAGCGCCUUGCUUGCCGACUUCGUUAUCGAUAAUUAUUCAAAUUCUGCACACCUCGGGCAACGGGUUCUUCGAUAUCUGACUGGCCAAGAGCCAAGGAUCAGUGGAUCUGACGAACGCAGCCAUUUAGUUGCUGUGUCAGACCAAAUCACAGACCACCGCCAAGAGAGUACUGUCCUUUUCAUGGAGGAGAAACAGAACCUUUUUAUCGAUGAUGUACGUGAGGUUGACGUUUGGUCGCGAGCUCUGUUGCAUUUGACUACCUCGGCAUAUAAUAGGAUCUCGUUGGAUGAAGCUUCUGCCUGGGCCUUUGACGGAUUAACAUAUCUCUGUUCUCUAGUUGACGCUGAGAAAGAGCCAGAUGGACUCCUUGGUUGGGUAUCGAAGCCCGAGAUCUUCACCCUAGGUCUCCGCGUUAUUGUCAUCUCGUCUGCUCUAUGCUCGCAGGCCUUCCAGGCACCAGAACGCCUGCGGGUGCAGCCAAAUGCUUUCCGGGUAUUGCUCGAAUCGUUCUCAGGCGCAGGCAAAUCCUCCUCCAUCCAUGGGGAUUGGUUGUCGAGAAUCCAGGAUGCAUUGGAAAUGUGA